AAUCACAGACAGUCAAAUUGACAGAGGGGUCUUUAUGUAAUUGAGGAAGGAAGGAAGGAAGGAAGGAAGGAAGGAAGAGGAUGAACCUUCUUUGAUUGCUUCCGCAAUCGAUAACGCAGUCCGUCCAAACUUCCAAAUUUUGGGGUGGUCGAUCGAAGGAGGGGCAUGCUAAGAGCUGUUACUAAGCGAUCGUGGAGAGGUCUCCCACGUCGCCACUGCCAGGCGACGCAGCCCUUCUGCUCCGCCGUGCUGCCUGAUGGCAUCGACCGAAACACCGACGCCUUUUCUCGCAACUCCGCGGCCGUUCGGGACCUCGUCUCCCAACUCAAAUCCAACAUCCAUAAGGUCCUUGGCGGCGGAGGCCAUCGAGCUGUCGAGAGGAAUAGGAACCGAAAUAAGCUGCUUCCCAGGGAGCGGAUCGACCGGAUAAUCGAUCCUGGGUCUUCGUUUCUUGAGCUGUCUCAGCUUGCAGGAUUUGACCUAUAUGAAGAUGCAUUACCUUCAGGGGGAAUUAUUACUGGAAUAGGACCUGUGCAUGGGCGGCUGUGCAUGUUUGUAGCAAAUGAUCCCACUGUUAAGGGUGGGACAUACUACCCCAUUACUGUUAAGAAGCAUCUAAGAGCGCAAGAAAUUGCUGCUGAAUGUAAUUUGCCAUGCAUAUAUAUUGUUGACAGUGGGGGUGCUAAUCUUCCAAGACAAGCUGAUGUCUUUCCUGACCGGGACAACUUUGGUAGGAUAUUUUAUAACCAAGCCAAAAUGUCUGCUGACGGCAUACCCCAGAUUGCCCUGGUUGUAGGUUCUUGUACUGCUGGUGGUGCUUAUAUACCUGCAAUGGCUGAUGAAAGUGUCAUUGUCAAAGAGAAUGGAACAAUAUUUCUAGCUGGACCUCCUCUUGUGAAGGCUGCUACAGGUGAAGAGGUGUCUGCCGAGGAUUUGGGAGGUGCAUCCAUGCAUUGUAAGGUAUCAGGAGUAUCAGAUCAUUUUGCAGAAGAUGAAAUUCAUGGCCUGACAAUUGGGAGAAAUAUAGUUAAAAACCUACACAUGGCUGGGAGAUGGGCAAAUAGUUCACCAAACAUCUCUUCUUUUUAUAAAGAUCCAUUAUAUGAUGAGAAGGAACUUCAAUUGAUAGCACCUGUUGAUCAGAAGCAGCCCUUUGAUAUUAGAUCUGUGAUUUCUCGCAUUGUUGAUGGAAGCGAAUUUGAAGAAUUCAAGAAGUUAUAUGGCACAACACUUGUGACAGGUUUCGCAAGAAUCUAUGGACAACCAGUUGGAAUAAUCGGAAAUAAUGGCAUAUUGUUUAUUGAAUCUGCUCUAAAAGGAUCUCAUUUUAUUGAGUUAUGUGCACAGCGUAGUAUUCCUUUGAUAUUUCUUCAGAAUAUCACUGGAUUUAUGGUUGGAUCAAAGUCUGAGGCAAAUGGUAUUGCUAAAGCUGGAGCCAAAAUGGUUAUGGCUGUUUCCUGUGCAAAGGUUCCUAAGAUAACAAUAAUUAUUGGUGGAAGUUUUGGUGCUGGGAAUUAUGGAAUGUGUGGACGAGCAUACAGUCCCAACUUCUUGUUUCUAUGGCCUACUGCGAAGAUAUCUGUGAUGGGUGGCAUGCAGGCUGCUGGUGUUCUUGCCCAAAUUGAGAGGAGCAACAAGAAAAAACAAGGAAUUGAGUGGACCAAGGAAGAAGAGGAGAAAUUUAAGAGCAAGGUUGUAGAGGCAUAUGACAAAGAAGGAAGCCCCUAUUUCUCCACUGCAAGGCUGUGGGAUGAUGGCAUCAUCGACCCCUCUGACACUAGAAAGGUCGUUGGCCUCUGUCUUUCUGCUUCAACUAAGCCUGUUCCUCAGGAUACCAAAUAUGGUGUCUUCCGAAUGUGACCAUAAAUAAUGUUAUAUGAAUGACCAAAUGUACCAUCAUUUGUCUUGGAAUAAACGAACUGUUUUAUUUA